CCGCCCUCUGGCUGUGUCCCGGCUAGCGAUAGCUAUGGCGGCUGUGACAGACCUGCAGCGGCUACAGGCCCGUGUGGAGGAGCUGGAGCACUGGGUGUACGGGCCGGGCGUGGCGCGCGGCUCGCGGAAGGUGGCUGAUGGCCUGGUCAAAGUACAAGUGGCUUUGGGGAACAUUGCCAGCAAGAGGGAGAGGGUGAAGAUUCUGUACAAAAAGAUUGAAGACCUGAUCAAAUAUUUGGAUCCUGAGUACAUUGACCGCAUUGCCAUACCUGAUGCCUCUAAGCUGCAAUUCAUCUUAGCAGAGGAGCAGUUUAUUCUCUCCCAGGUUGCGCUCCUGGAGCGGGUGGAGGCCUUGGUGCCUGUGCUGGACAGCACUGCCAUCAAAGCCGUUCCUGAGCAUGCUGCCCACCUGCAGCGCUUGGCCCAGAUCCACAUCCAGCAGCAGGACCAGUGUAUGGAGAUCACUGAGGAGUCCAGGGCUCUCCUGGAGGAAUACAACAAGAUUACAAUGCUUCUCUCCAAGCAAUUUGUGCAGUGGGAUGAGCUGCUUUGCCAGCUAGAGGCAGCCAAGCAAGUGAAACCAGCAGAGGAGUGAUGGCUGCUCUCCAUCCCAGGGUGGCCAGGCUCCAGGACCCUGUGCCAACUGCCCCUGAAGCAGGGCAGAGGCAGCUCUCUAUAUUUAUUGGAUCCACAGCCCACCUGUCCACACUCAGGUGGGGCUUUGAGGUCAGAGGUCAGGGGUCACCUGAGAUUUGCAGUUUGCAUCACCCCCCAAUCAGUGCCCUCAUUCCAGUGACAAUAAACUUUAAAUACCACUGGGA